AUGAAAAGUCUAAAGCUAGAUAAAGGUUUAGCUAUAUUUUGUAUAUGCAUAUUUAUAUUCAUAAAUAAUGGAAAGAAUAUUUUCGUUAAAGGUAAAUCACAUUUAAAUAUUUCAAAAUGCAGGUGUUGCCCUAAGUUUUUUAAUAAAUAUAUGAAUUUAAUGAUUAAUAUAAAUAAUGGAGAGAAAAAAAAAAGGUAUAAAAACGGACUAAUAGAAGCACAUAGUAAUUAUGAAAACUCCUACAAUAAUAAUCAAAUAAGUAUGUCGAAUAAAUUUAUUAGGAGACACACAAAUCGUUUACUAAUGGUCGAUCCCAAUAAGCUUACUAAUAAUACCCCAUUAAAAUCUAAUAAUAAUAUACAGAAACACAUGAGAGCUAAGUACAAUUUAGGAAAUGCUAAUUAUAGGAUACAAAAAGAGUUACAUAAUUUUUUAAAAAAUCCACCAAUAAAUUGCACGUUAGAUGUUCACCCGAAUAAUAUUCGAAUUUGGAUUGUAAAAUAUGUAGGAUUAGAAAAUACAAUUUAUGCUAAUGAAGCUUAUAAAAUAAAAAUAAUUUUUCCUAAUGAUUAUCCAUUAAAACCUCCUAUUGUUUAUUUUUUACAAAAACCACCUAAACAUACACAUGUAUAUUCAAAUGGAGAUAUAUGUCUAAGUUUAUUAGGGAAUGAUUACAACCCAAGUUUAUCGAUUUCCGGAUUGGUAUUAUCAAUUAUAUCAAUGUUAUCCUCAGCAAAGGAAAAAAAAUUACCUAUUGACAACUACACACACGCUGACGCAAAACCUGGAAGCAGCCAAAACAACUUUCUCUACCAUGAUGAUAAAUGCUAA